AGAGGUGUUCCUGCCAUUCCCUGGAACCCAGAAUCCAGAGUCAAUUAGUUAAAGACUCUGACAUCUGCUGGGCACGAGGGAAGAGACCUAAGGAGGUAAAGCUAGGGGGAUGGGAGGAGGGAAGGACACUCUCGUGCUGCCCCUCUCUGAUCUGAAUCCAGUUAUUGGCCUGCACGCCAGCCCUGGGCUGCAGAGAAAACAGCUGGGCGGCCCUGGGAAGCCUGGGAGGGAUGCAGAGGAAGGGGGGGCCACACAGGCUGGGAGGGGCACUAGGGCUGCCGCCCCCACACAGUGACAGGCGCUUCCUUGCAAACCACCUGGCACAGGCACCCUGACAGUUUACAGUACUGUCUGUCUCUCCUUCUCUCUCUCACACACACACACACACACCCCCACACACACACACACCCCCACGCCCCAUCCACCGCCCGCUCUGAACAGGACCCCAGCGUUGGGGACGGGGCCAAGUCAGCCAGCUGCGGGCCCUGCCAACCCUCCCUCUCUUCUAGGACUGGGUUUUUCCAGCCGGAGUCUCACUCCCUCUACAGCAAUCUCGGGAAAUUGGAGACGACGCGGCUGCUCCUGAACAUUAUUUAUUUCUUUCCUCUUUCCCUCCCGCGGGGACCCUCCUGUUGGAAGGAGAGCUGCAGCACAGGACGGAGACAGGCAGGAAGAAGCAGAGAGGACUCGGUGACGCCCCCCUGAGCAGCCCCCGGCCCACUCCUCCAGCAGGGGCCAUGAGCACCAAGCAGGAAGCCAGGAGAGAUGAGGGAGAAGCCAGGACGAGGGGGCAGGAGGCACAGCUUCGAGACCGAGCCCACCUGAGCCAGCAGCGCCGGCUCAAACAGGCCACCCAGUUCCUGCACAAGGACUCGGCCGACCUGCUCCCGCUGGACAGCCUCAAGAGGCUCGGCACCUCCAAGGAUUUGCAGCCGCACAGUGUGAUCCAAAGACGCCUGGUAGAGGGAAACCCGAAUUGGCUUCAGGGGGAGUCUCCCCGGGUGCAGGCCCUGAUUCAUGGCCAGGAGAGCAGGAGGAGGACCAGCAGGACAGAGAUUCCAGCUCUUCUGGUCAACUGCAAGGGACUCACUGAUUCGGCACAAUCCCUCUUUCUCAGUGCCAGGACCUGCUGCUUAGAGUGGCCGUGGACACAGGCACCCAAUACAAUCGGAUCUCUGCUGGAUGUCUCAGCCGCCUGGGGUAAGAGUGGCCCAAAAAAGCAAAUGGGGGACAGGGUUUCUUUUUGGGCUGAUGAAAAUAUUCUCAGAUUAGAUAGUGACGACAGUUGCAUAUUUUAUCUCAAUAAAGCUGUUAUUUAACAAAAGAGUGGCUAGAAGACUCUGGCAGAGAAGGCAAGGAUUUAGACCCCACGUGAGGUCAGGGGUUGGAGGUGAACCCACAGUAGAGCGGGACGUCUGCUGAUUAAUGGGGUGAAGCCCACUGGGGGCUGUGGUAGCUAUAACCUUUGCUUCCCAACCACAGGUUAGAGAAGAAGGUCCUAAAAGCCUCAGCUGGGGACCUGGCCCCUGGGCCCCCAACCCAGGUGGAGCAGUUGGAGCUACAGCUGGGGCAGGAGACCGUGGUGUGCUCGGCACAGGUGGUGGGUAAGUCCCCCCUUCUGCAACAGCCCUGGUGCUCGCCUCUCACCUUUCUCUUCAGGGUGGGGCAAAGGCAGAGACUUUCAGUCCCUGCAGCACAAGGAGUCCCCAGAGAUGUUCUGACCAUCCCUCAUCUCCGUGCCAGUGCCCUCGGAUCUGGGGAUGGGGUGGGCAGAGAAGGAGCAAGGGCUGAGAGGAGGGCAGCAGUGACCGCUGGGAACCCUCAGCCUCUUCUGUUUUCAAAUGGUUCCUGCAGAUGUUGAGAGUCCUGAAUUCUGCCUGGGCCUGCAGACUCUGCUUUCUCUCAAGGUAAGGCACCCACACUCAGGGCCUGAUCCAAAGCACCGGGAAAAAGUAAUAGAAGGCAGAGGUGUGGAAGCCUGGACCAGGUUCUGAUGAGAGUGACUUAGAGAUUGGCAAUUGUCCCUUUGCUUCCUUAGAGGUUCCUUACUCACCACCCAGUGAAAAGUCAAGAGAACUGGGUCACCCCCUCCAACAGGAGUCAAGGGAAAUGGGGAUAAGGGGGAGAGCAAAAGGCAGGUGGAAGCUGUGGGAAGUGGGAGGCAAGUGACGGGCUGAGGUAAGCCCGCAUGACUGCUGUACACCCCACAGUGCUGCAUCGACCUGGAGCGCGGAGUGCUGCGGCUGAAAGCCCCGUUCUCAGAGCUGCCCUUCCUGCCUCUGUACCAAGAACCUGGCCAGUGACUGCUGUCUCAGUCAGUCCCCAGAGGGAAAGACCUUGCCUUAGCAGAAGAGGCGUGUGGGGAACGGGUGCUCUUGAAGCCAGGUAGCUGGGGACUCCGGUGUCUGCCCUUUCAAUCACCACCCUGAGCCCUGCUGUCCCAUUUCCCCCAGCCGGCCACAUUCCUCUCUGCUUCUCAGCAGCUGUCCUACUCCCCAGGGGGAGUUUUCACUAGAGCGCCCACGACGCCAGGUUUCUCAUUCAUUUCCCUCCAAGAAGAGCAAAGCCAAACCAGGACCACAGAUGGGAGGCUAAGCAAAAUGGGGUGCCUGCCUGGGCUGGGUCGAAGGCUCUGCUGACUGCUGUCCUUGCCCAGCACCCAAUUCCACCCCAAACGCAACUCAACUUCCCACACCACCAUGUCUCUCACCACACCUUCUGGGGCUCAGUAUCUCCCACAAUUACACUGCCACGCCUCACCAACCUGGGUCCCUGGACCUCCUGGUGUCUGUCUCUUGGAUUCUGUGCACAUCUGCACAGAUGUGGGGGAAGAAACAUGAGACAGAAUUCAAUACAACAAAGAGAUGGAGUUAGUAUAGGAAUGUCCAUCUCAUAAGGCUGAGAGCUUUCAUUAGUUAUUUUUCUGGGGCUGCAAAUGUCUGAAGCCAGUUAUUGUUUGAUUACCCUGUGCAAAACCUUGGACAUACUUCUGCUAUUAACACUAGGUAUUUAUCCUUCUCCACUUGCUUUUUGUACCCACCGAGCCCCUGAACUUUGGGGGUGUGUGUGGCAGAGCCUUGUAGAGAACUGCUCCUACGAGGCAGACAGGACAGUGAGGCUGUCACCACUCAGACUGAACCUAUUUAGCAUUCUUUCUGAUUUCUGGAACUACCCACCUCGUUAGGCCUUCUUCCCAUCCCCGUCUCCGGUCUCUUGAGCUUCAGCUCGCCUUGUCCUGGAAUCAGGGGCUUUCUAACCCCCGCCAGGCUUUGCCAAAGCAAAAAGACAGAGGGUUUUUCUUUUUUUUUUGAAGUUUGGGGUCUGUCAGGAGAGAGAGGCUUUUCUGAAUUCACUGUGAAGAGAAGAACCCGAAGCUUCAGACGCCAGACCGCUGAGAGUCUUUCUGGCUGGUGUGAGUCUCUCAAAUCAUGGAUUAGGAGUAAAGAAAGAGGCCGGGCGCAAUGACUCAUGCCUGUAAUCCCAGCGCUUUGGGAGGCUGAGGCGGGUGGAUGACUUAAUGUCAGGAGUUUGAGACCAGCCUGGGUAAUAUGGCAGAACCCCAUCUCUACUAAAAAAUACAAAAAUUAGCCAGGUAUGGUGGUGCUCACCUGUAAUCCCAGCUACUUGGAAGGCUGAAGCACAAGAUUGUUGUGAGCCAAGUUUGUGCCAUUGGACUCCAGCUUGGGCGAAGGAGUGAGACCCAAGGAGUCUCCAAAAAUAAACAAACAAACAGGGGGAGAGGAGGACAGUGGUAGAGCUAACCUGAACUGGGUGGGACCCUUGGGCUGAGACAGAGUCCUGAGCCUGGGGUAGACUGGGUUAGAGAAGAACCGGGGCCGGGCGCCGUGGCUCACGCCCUGUAAUCCCAGCACUUUGGGAGGCCGAGGCGGGCGAAUCACAAGGUCAGGAGGUCGAGACCACAGUGAAACCCCGUCUCUACUAAAAAUACAAAAAAGUAGCCGGGCGCAGUGGCGGGCCCCUGUAAUCCCAGCUACUCAGGAGGCUGAGGCAGCAGAAUGGCGUGAACCCGGGAGGUGGAGCUUGCAGUGAGCCGAGAUCGCAGCCUGGGCAACAGCACAGAGAAGAACCGGGAUGCGAGGAGCUGCUUGUGACACCUGGCCUGACCUUUCCCGGCUGCCUCCCCUGCCCUCAGAAGGAAAGGAGAGGGGCUCACUUAUCACGUGUGCCAUAGUACCUGGUCUCAGAAUCCUAAAAGCUUUCCUCUCCCUCACUGCCUUGCUCCACAAGGUCCGCUUUCCUGGGUCCUGUGCUGUGCCUUUCCUUGUCUGCGUCCUGCUGCUUCUGUAACUGCAGACCCCAGGCCCAGCGGCAAGCCCUCGGUUCAGCUGCUUCUCCAUUGGAAUAAACUCUUGUUUCUCUA